GGGGCGCAGAGGAGACUUUCCGUAGCGGCUCUUUGCCGUGCUCGGUCCGGUCCGAGUCCUCGGGGCAGACCUGGGGCAGGCACUGUGUGCUUUUGUGACAGAGACCCGCCAGAAGCCGGGCCAGUUGUCCCUCUCGGUUUUUCUUGUGGAGGCUUUGCAGGUGGGGGCCUUUGAACCUACCCAUGGAGCGUUGAGCAGGGGGGUGGUAUCAGUACCGUUGUUUGUGGAGCCCGCCUGAGGACCCGGGCUCGCAGCGACGGUGGUGGGGAAAGUCGCUUGUCGGACACCGGGCAGGAGUCUGGAUGGCGAGGGCCAGAGGGCGCUGAGGUGACAAGAGAGUGUCGCACAGGGGUUGCGUGGAUGCAGAUGGCAGCCCCUGGGGGUGGCAGGGGUGGGAAUGGUGAAUAUUCAGUGACAUUUCAGGCUCCCUGAAAGGAGAGGGAGGCUGAGGCAGAGUGGCCAACGGCCAGCAGGGAUCCACGGUUGUUGGACCCGGGCCCUCAUGGGGAAUAGCCAAGGAUGCAGGUGCAAACUGUGGCCACCCUAAUGCACGUGGGGUUUAAGGACCGGUCUGAGUCAGAGAGCCGGUUCUGGUCCCCCGGAGCCAGAAGCGUCCUUCCCGAGAAGAGGACGCUGGGCACCCACAGGUCCGUCCUAGGAGCAGGGGUGGGGGCCGCCCCAGCACAGACGCACCUGCCAUCUGUCACGAUGAGCCCAUCCCCCAUCGUCUUCCAUGUUUGCCUGUUUUCCCCUGGAGUCAGCUGGGAGCCAGCAGCCCCUCGGCUCAUCGACCACGUGCGGGCCGCGUGUGAGCGAGCUCGCAGAGGCCGGAAACCUGGCAGGCGUCCAGCACAUCAUCCUCGUGCUCUCAGGAAAGGGGGGCGUCGGGAAAAGCACCAUCUCCACGGAGCUGGCCUUGGCCCUGCGCCAUGCAGGCAAGAAGGUGGGGAUCCUCGACGUGGACCUGUGUGGUCCCAGCAUCCCCCGCAUGCUUCGGGCACAGGGCAGGGCCGUGCACCAGUGUGACGGCGGCUGGGUGCCCGUCUAUGUGGACCAGGAGCAGAGCAUCUGCCUCAUGUCCGUGGGCUUUCUGCUGGAGAACCCCGACGAGGCCGUGGUGUGGAGGGGGCCCAAGAAGAAUGCGCUGAUAAAGCAGUUCGUGUCGGACGUGGCCUGGGGGCAGCUGGACUACCUGGUUGUAGACACGCCACCGGGGACGUCUGAUGAGCACAUGGCCACCGUGGACGCCCUGCGUCCCUACGGUCCCCUGGGGGCCCUCGUGGUCACCACACCCCAGGCGGUGUCCGUGGGGGACGUGAGGCGGGAGCUGACCUUCUGUAGGAAAACGGGGCUGCGGGUGCUCGGGGUGGUGGAGAACAUGAGCGGUUUCGUCUGCCCACACUGCGCGGAGUGCACCAGCAUCUUCUCCCGGGGAGGCGGGGAGGAGCUGGCCAGUCACGCCGGAGUCCCCUUCCUGGGCUCUGUGCCCCUGGACCCAGAGCUCACUAAGAGCCUAGAGGAGGGUCGAGACUUCAUCCGGGAAUUUCCUGAGAGCCCAGCCUUCCCUGCGCUCCUGUCUAUAGCCCAGAAAGUUCUGACCGAGGCGCCUGCUCGCGUCCCCUGAUCGAACCCUCCCCCCCCCACCAAAGGGCCUCCUGGCCAAGUAUAUGCAGACCCAAGCAGAAGGGUGUGGGGCCAGCAUUCUCUCCCUCAGCCCCGCCCCUGGAGCCAGUCCGGUGCUGCCGUAGCAUCUGGACAGCAGAGCGGCUGACAGUGAGUGGUUCCCCCAGGUUGGCUCGUGGCAGGGCCCAGGGGGAUGCGUGGGGCCCCGGUGGCCUGAGCUCUCCCUGGCUGGCACGUUCCCACUUGGUCUCACGGUGCUCAAACGGCAGCCGUCUCCCCCUGGGCCCCAAAGCCCACGUGCCUGGAAAAUCGUUGGGGCCUUUGCUGUCCUCGGGACUCCUGUGACGGAAGAGGGGCGGUGACAGAAGAGAGCGUGUCGUGAGGUAUUAAGCUUGUCACUUCAAAGGAACCCACAAUUAAAUGUUCUCUCCUCCGCCCCUCA